AUGGUGUUCGCCGAGGAAGCUGGAGGUCAUAGCCUACCUAUUCAAGUGGACAGCCUGAGCUCCAGUGGGGCGUCAGAUUCGGCCCGUGGCGGGGAGGAAGCCCACCUGGGCAGUUGUGAUAUAGCCCAUCUGGGCAGCCCUGGAGAUGGCCAGGCCAGGGGGAGGAGGGGGCUAGAAGCACGAGCCCAGAGCGCGGGCGGUAUUCGUGCAGGAAUCCGCAAAAUGCGACGGGCUGAUGUCAUUGCUACGCACGCCUGCAUCUCGAAUCAGAGCCGCGUCUGCAUCUGCCUUGACCCGUCGCACUCGUGCAUACCUUUGCCUAGCAUCGCGUCCCUCUUUCGAUACCUGUUCCCACGACUCAGUCAGCGCUACCGCGACCGCUUGAUCGGCUUCCGCCUCGACACGCUCCCCCGGUACAAACACAGCCUCCAGAGUCGCAUCUACCGCUUCAUUCUUGAGCGCCAGCGGCGGCGCAGAGAGCAGUCGCGUCUGGUCGACAAAGCGCGGCGCUUGCUUCUCGGGCCGCCGAAGCCAAGGCUGCGGGCCAAGGCACCCGUUCCGCGCCUUGUGAGGAAGCGGGAUGCGACACAGCGCAAAGUGUCGGGAGUGAUGUCGUACCUGUCUGGCUAUGGCCCUGGUUCUGGAAAUGGAGCCGCUGGUGCCGGCGAUGGCGACCGCGGCGCACGGAGGAGACGGCUAGCUGCCAUGGCUGGAAGGGUCUACAGUGCGGGCGCCUCGGCCGUCAGCGAGAUACGAGAGUCAUACAACCAGACGCGAGCCGGACAGAUCGAUACGGCCGAGGUCUCCAAGAUCACAAUACCCGGCUCCUUUCCCGAGGUCGCUAUCGUUACCAAGGGGAACGAGCAGAUGGUGCUGUUUCCCUCCUAUGCAAAGAGGCACGUCAAGGGCCAGGCGCGGAUGUACGAGGACCCAGCUGGGCCCCCGCAUCCCGCCUCCGUUGACGUGAACGAGGAAGAAUACUGGCGCCAGGAAUGGGCGCGGCACGAGGACGAGAAAGCCAUCGUCGACGUUGACGUGCGCGGAUGGAUCUACAACCCGCACAAGGGCCCUAUGACCCGGAGGAAUCGCGUCUUGAUAGGACUGGCCCGCCAACUCAGUGGCAUACCCGUGCCGAGAACACAGCAGGGCACAGACCAGUCGCCACAGUCGCUGCAUCAGCAGCACGAGGAGGAGCGCGAGCAGAUGCGAAUUGCGCAGGAGGCCAAGGAGAUCGAACAGAGGGGACAGGCCGAGAAGGAAGCCGCACAGCGCGGAGGGUACAGCGAAGCACCCAAGGACCCGGACUCGGAAGAUGACGCUAGCGGUAUUCACCACCUCCGCCAAAGUGCAACACCAACGCCGUCUCUCCGCUCUCGCCCGGGGUCGCCAAAGAUGGGCAUAAACCGGACCAAUUCGGCGGGAGGCACUGAGCUAAGUGAAGCUGAGCUAGCAGUCGCCAAUGCGAACCUCAUGGCACGAAUAGCGCCCUUCAUGACAACUCCAUUGGUGCAGAUGCCUAUUACGGUAUUUUUCUAUAAUGACUCGCAGUCGCAAUCUCGCACUGUCAUGACAAACGAUUCUGGGCACUUCAUACUCAGGGCACCGUUGGAUUUUGUGCCGACUCACCUCAGGGUGCUGGCGAAUGAGGACCUGUCAGCAACAGAGCCCAUACAGAUCAUCGAGCCCAAGGGCAUCAGCUUGAUUAGCGACAUUGAUGACACCAUUAAGCACUCGAGCAUCAGCAUGGGCGCCAAGGAGAUCUUCCGGAAUACCUUUAUUCGCGACCUAGGUGAUUUGACUGUCCCUGGAGUAAGGGAAUGGUAUGGCAAUCUGCAUGGACUUGGUGUCCGUAUACAUUAUUGUUCGAACAGUCCUUGGCAGCUGUUUCCGGUAAUUGCAUCGUACUUCAAGCUGGCUGGCCUGCCCCCCGGCUCGAUCCAUCUUAAACAGUACAGCGGCAUGCUUCAGGGCAUCUUCGAGCCUGUUGCCGAGAGGAAGAAGGGAACACUAGAAAAGAUCAUGCAUGAUUUUCCAGAGCGACGGUUUGUCUUGGUUGGCGACAGUGGUGAGGCUGACCUUGAAGUCUACACCGAGAUUGCUGUGGCCAACCCUGGUCGCAUUGUCGCCAUCUUCAUCCGCGAUGUCACGACGCCAGAGCAAGCGGGCUAUUUUGACUCUGGGUAUGGUGGUGUCAACGGUCGUGAUGAGCGCAGGGCACCUGGUGCGCGAGGGAAACCCGGUUCAAGGAGUGACAGCUCCGAUGACAAAUCGAGAAGGCCAGCGUUGCCUCCACGCCCUGCAUCGGAGUUUCAACAUCCUGCACGCCCAGUCACGGAGGACUUGAUUGAUUUCUCCGAUGAACCUCAACAAUUACCUCGUCGUGGAUCUCAACAUAUAGAUGAAUUUCAGGAGGAGCUAGGUGGUGCAAACAGCAAGGGCAAGAAGCCACCACCGCCUAGACCAGCAAAGCCUGUAUCGUUGAAAAGCUCACCUGCAACCCCAGUUAUGGGAUCUAAAGAUGUUGGUGCGAAUUCGGAACAAAAACGGCCGCCGCCACCACCACAAGCUCGCAGGACAGAACAUCUCUCUGGGCCGGCCAUGAACUCAUCGACCUCUCAUCCACUUGCACAGAUACACAAUUCUUCCCAACAGUCCAUAGCGUCAAGGCCUCAAGCUCAGCCAAGGAUGAGAACCCAAGAGGAUAUCUCGGCUUCCUCAAGCACAUCUACAUUAGCCCGAUCUGGAGCUCCGCCGCCCCCGCCGCCACCACGUCGCCGUGGUACACCUUCGAGCACCAUGCCUUCUUCAAGCCCAAGGAUCAUGGCUGCCAACAGGAGGAGCAACGCAAACUCCGAUGUGGAGAGCAUUGACCCACUGCCCCAAUCCUCGUACCCGAAUAACGCUUACAACGGCGUUUCGCCGUCAGAGGCGCCUCUGAACAAGAAGCUUGACCUGUGGUUACGGCGGCUACAACGAGCCCAAGAAACUCUGGAACGACAGGGCGUUGCCUUGUACACAUGGAGACGUGGGAGUGAUGUCGUCGAGGAGGCCCUGGGCAUCGUGCGUGGCGCGAUGAAGGAGAUGGGCAUCAAGGAAGGAGAGGGAGAGAUCAGGGAAUUGAAGAAUAAACGAUAG